CGCGGAGCCGGAGCCGGAGCCCGAGCGGGAGCGGAGGCGGCGGCGGGACCCGGCCGGACAAAUUUCCUGCUGGGCUGCGGGAGGCAGGAGGCGGCGCCAGCGGCGCCCGGACCCCGCGGCCUCCGCGCGUCCCCACCACCUUCCUUCGCGCCGGCGGGGACAGAGGGGCGCCCCGGAGGGCGGCGGGCGGGCGCCCGGGAGAUGCGGAGCCGCCGUGGCGGCGCGAUCGGCGCGACCGGACCGGCCCCCCCGAGACGAUAACCUUCGCUUUUCCUUGGUUCGCCAUGGAGCCCUUCUGUCCGCUCCUGCUGGCGGGUGUUAGCUUGCCGCUCGCCAAGGCCCUCAAGGGCAACGAGACCACCCCGGCGGUCAGCAACUGGAACUCGACGACCUCAGGCCCUCCUGACCCCCGCGCGCCCCAGCCCCUGCUGGCCUGGCUGCUGUUGCCGCUGUUGCUCUUCAUUCUCCUUCUGCUCCUCGCCGCCUACUUUUUCAGGUUCAGGAAGCAAAGGAAAGCCGUGGUCAGCUCCAAUGACAAGAAGAUGCCCAACGGCAUCCUGGAAGAACAAGAGCAGCAACGAGUGAUGCUUCUCAGCAGGUCCCCCUCUGGGCCCAAGAAGUACUUUCCCAUCCCUGUGGCACACCUGGAGGAGGAGAUCCGCGUCCGCUCGGCAGAUGACUGCAAACGCUUUCGGGAGGAGUUCAAUUCGUUGCCGUCUGGACACAUACAAGGAACUUUUGAACAGGCCAAUAAAGAAGAAAACAGAGAAAAAAACAGAUAUCCCAACAUCCUUCCCAAUGACCAUUCCAGGGUGAUUUUGAGCCAAGUGGACGGAACCCCCUGUUCAGACUACAUCAAUGCUUCCUACAUAGAUGGUUACAAAGAGAAGAAUAAAUUCAUCGCAGCUCAAGGCCCCAAACAGGAAACGGUUAAUGACUUCUGGAGAAUGAUCUGGGAACAGAAGGCUGCCACCAUCGUCAUGUUGACGAACCUAAAAGAAAGGAAAGAGGAGAAGUGCUCCCAGUACUGGCCGGACCAGGGAUGCUGGACCUACGGAAACAUCCGCGUGUGCGUGGAGGACUGCGUGGUUCUGGUGGAUUACACCAUCCGGAAAUUCUGCAUACAGUCCCAGCUCCCCGAUGGCUGCAAAGCCCCACGGCUCGUCUCCCAGCUGCACUUCACCAGCUGGCCGGACUUUGGAGUGCCUUUCACCCCCAUCGGGAUGCUGAAGUUCCUGAAGAAAGUGAAGGCCCUCAACCCUGCCCACGCCGGGCCCAUAGUGGUCCACUGUAGCGCCGGCGUGGGCCGGACCGGCACCUUCGUAGUGAUCGAUGCCAUGAUGGACAUGAUGCACGCCGAGCAGAAGGUCGAUGUCUUUGAGUUUGUGUCCAGAAUUCGCAACCAGCGCCCUCAGAUGGUUCAAACGGAUAUGCAGUACACGUUCAUUUACCAAGCCUUACUGGAGUACUACCUCUACGGGGACACCGAGCUGGAUGUGUCCUCCCUGGAAAAGCACCUGCAGACGCUACACGGCACCACCACCCACUUCGACAAGAUCGGGCUGGAGGAGGAGUUCCGGAAACUGACCAAUGUCCGGAUCAUGAAGGAGAACAUGAGGACGGGCAACCUGCCAGCGAACAUGAAGAAGGCCAGGGUCAUCCAGAUCAUCCCGUAUGACUUCAACCGGGUGAUCCUUUCCAUGAAAAGGGGCCAAGAAUACACAGACUACAUCAACGCCUCCUUUAUAGAUGGCUACCGACAGAAGGACUAUUUCAUCGCCACCCAGGGGCCCCUGGCGCACACGGUGGAGGACUUCUGGAGGAUGGUGUGGGAGUGGAAGUGCCACACGGUCGUAAUGCUGACGGAGGUCCAGGAGAGAGAACAGGAUAAAUGCUACCAGUACUGGCCAACAGAGGGCUCAGUGACUCAUGGCGAAAUAACAAUCGAAAUAAAAAGCGACACGCUUUCGGAAGCCAUCAGCAUACGGGACUUCCUGGUCACCUUCAAUCAGCCCCUGGCCCACCAGGAGGAGCAGACCCGCAUGGUCCGCCAGUUCCACUUCCACGGCUGGCCCGAGGUUGGGAUCCCGGCCGAGGGCAAAGGCAUGAUCGACCUCAUCGCGGCCGUGCAGAAGCAGCAACAACAGACGGGCAACCACCCCAUCACGGUGCACUGCAGUGCUGGAGCCGGGCGAACAGGUACAUUCAUAGCGCUCAGCAACAUUCUGGAACGAGUAAAAGCUGAGGGCCUUUUAGACGUAUUCCAAGCUGUGAAGAGUUUGCGACUUCAGAGACCACAUAUGGUGCAAACCCUGGAACAGUAUGAAUUCUGCUACAAAGUGGUACAAGAUUUUAUUGAUAUAUUUUCUGAUUAUGCUAAUUUCAAAUGAAAAUUCCUGCCUUAAAAUAUUUUUUAAUUUAAUGGUCAGUAUAUUUUAUAAAAAUCAUGUUAAUUUAUUUCAUAGUUGACAUUAAUACCCAUCCUAAUUUCUUUGUAUAUAUUUUGUUAUGCUUUAAAGGCCACCUGCUAUAAAGUCAUUAAAUCUUAAAUACCCCUUUUAAAAACUGGAAUAAUGUAUUAAGGUCAAGUAAUAUCCCAUAAAAUGUAUUUCUGCUAAUAUCAGUAAUUAUUUUAAUUUUGCAUCAGAUUCAUCACAUCAUUGAAUUUCACACAUGCAGCACCUCUAAAUGUUAAAAAUCUUAAUAUGCAAUGUGUUCUUAUUCAGGAGAGUAAACACAAAGCCCGCUAUUAAGAAAGCGGUCAAGGACUCAAAAAUCAGUUGAAAAUUCUCUUUCCUGACGCUGAUUUUACAGCCCCGAGCAGUGGCAUUUUGUGGAAGGUAAAAUGUUCAUGAGGAUACACUGUAAACAGAGAACUCUGUAAAAUCCUCCGUUGCAACUCAUGUGGUUGAUUUUUACAUUUUAAAAAUCAAAGACUCUACAGCCUGAAUGCAGGUAUAAAACACGUUAGCGUCGUUGGUGGCUGUAGAGUGAGACUUAAACGUGCAUUUACUCAAGGCUGGGUCCUUGCUGCCUUGGCUAGAAGAGGGGAGAUGUAGGCGCUGGGGGUAGGGUUCGCCCACGGCUUUGAGCACAGCCAAACCAGCUCGCGGGCUCUGCUCCCCCGUAGCCCCUUGCUGUCCGUCUGUCUGGCGUUUGACGCAGAUGACCAACUGCCUUUCUCACCCUCGCCUCCCAUUCUGACCCCGCCGCCCAGCUGGUCUCGAGCUAUCCUAGAGGCUCAACACCAACCACUCCCCAGUCCUAACGUUCAGAUAAAGCCGAAUAUCCGACUCGCACAACUGCAAGGAGCACGCACUUGGGGAGAAAACCACAAGCAAUUACGCUUUAAACUUUCUGAGAAGCCUUUUGGUAUUUAAAAGAAAAAAAAAAUCUUGUAAAAGCUAAGAUUGUUUGUAGGAAAAGAAAUCUUAAAAUCUAGAUUUAUAUGUUUUUUUUAGAAGUCCCACUCCCCAAUAUUUAAAUAAAAGAAAAAGAGAGAGAAAUCCUUAAAUCUAAAGGCUAACUUAUUUUUGAAUGGAAAUACUACUGAGACCUUUGACCCUGGGUAAUAACGAUCUCACUGCCAGACAGGAUUGGUUAGUGGGGGAAAAACAAAAAAGGGGGGGAGGAAGGAUGAAUGUAGAAAAGUUUAAGGACAGUGAUCUCUCUGUGGCCAUUCGGUAGCAGAUGAGCAGAUGAGCACAAUAAAAAAAAAAAAAAAAAGACACCUGCUCUGACUUACUAAAAGCAUUUAACAUGUGCAUUUGGGGUACAUUUAUUUUAUUUUUUUUUUUUUGCUUUUUAAAAGAAAUAUAAAGGCCUUAUUUGACAUUUCCAUUGAGAAGUGAUUGUACCCUCCUAUUGCACUGUUCACCCUGCGUCCGUCCCUGGUGUGCACAAUGCAAACCCAGGGCUGGUUACGUGCUGAUAGUAGCCUCGCAGGAAUCAAGCCUCGGCUGCUCCUCUGAGCCCCGCCCCCGGGCGAGAGGGAAGGCCGGCAGGAAGGGCACUUGUGACUGCUGCCACCCCCACCCCCCCGCCAGCCGCAUCGCUGGGCUACACACGCACUGCUGAAUGCAUCCCUCUCUCCUUCCCAGGACAGUGAGAAUGCACUGGGGUCGAGGAGGAAAAUGGAGGGAACUUUGCAAGACUCACCAGCUCGGUCCCAUAUGUUUUCAUUGUGAAAACCCCAAGUCCAGAGCCUUUCUUUGACUGAAGGAGAAGAGAGAGAACCAAGGUUUCAUUCGGCACCAAACCUUGGAAACCGAGCCGGCUAGUUGUGAUGAAGGUGACUAAAGUCAAAGUUGAGGGAAUGGGUUUGGGUCUAAUUUAGGAACCCUCAUUAGAAUCUGUCAGGCCUUUUAGUGGCCUUCCUGGCAUCUCUUGGAUGGAUAUUAAGAUCAGCCUUACCCGGGGUACCCUUGGGGAAGUGCCCCAUGUGUGUGUUCUUCUGCCUCCUGUGCCCACUGCAGGCAUCCUUGCACCCGCUGUAACCCUUCCCCUUCUGGAGACAAGCAGAAGCCGCUGUCCCUUGGAGACACUGGCCUUUCUGGAGGCCUGGGAAUUGUAGCCUCAUGGCCUCUGCCCAGCCCCCUGCCCCCAGUCCAAGGCCCCCUCCAGUCCAAACAGUCUCUUUGGGCACUCGGGGACUGGCCGCCCUAGCUGUGCCAGCCGGAAGGCUGACCUCUUCCCCCUUGGUCAAAGUAGGUCCAUUGCACAUAACAAACCGAACCACGCUGACGGCCCCGGCAACGUCGUUCUUCCCUUCCCGUUUUUGUAUGUUGCAUGCGGUUGCAUUCAAAUGCCAAAUAGCGAUUAGGAGCCUACCAUUCUGAUCGACGAGCUGUACGGUCACUGUGUGACUCGCUUUACUGUCUCUCUCCACGUGCUAGACGAAUGAAGAAUGCAUACCAGUGUUUUAAAAGGUAUUUUUAUGUGUUUUUAAAAACUUUUUUAAAAUGAGCCUGACAUGUCUGUUCAGCAUUCCGAGACAUGCCCAUGUUAUUUUUAAAAUGUAUGAUUACUGAUAAUUUUGUUUAACUCAGUUGUGUUUAAUUUAUGUGCAAUCUUUAUAAUAUAUGUAUGUAUUCCCCGUUUCAACUAUCAUAUUUUCUUUUAUUACAUCUAUAAUUUGAUCUUGCUCUGAUUAUAAUGCCAGUGAAUGUUGCUGAAUUCUUUGUAUAUGCAAAUUGCAAGAUCUAAAACAUUCUGAUGCAAGGAUAAAUCUUUACUUUGACUUCCAGCCUGUGUCUCUUUCUUCCAUGAAAUCUCUUCAUUGCAUUCGAACUGUGCAUCCUUUUAGACAAGACACUCAUUAGGAGGAAGACAUUGAUUUAUGUAGACAAUUAAUUUAGGACUUCUAACAUCUAGCUCAGCCCUGGCAGGGAAACAGCCCGGACACUGGGCAUGGUGGCCGGGGGUUGGCCCCAGCUCCCAGCGGCUCUUCGGAAGGCGUGACCCGCGUGUGCGGCACAGAGUAACUCGCCCUUCUGGGAGCCUGUGCUCCUACUAAAGUCCAAACAGGGAUCUGUGCUCUGAGCAGUGGCUUCUCGGAGUCCCCAGGGAAGAUGAGAGAAUGCUUAAAGUCCACGGCCAGGCGGAAUCGGAAAGUCCUUCCAACACUGCUUUGUCUCCUAGAAUCUGAAACCCUGUCAGAGCUCCCUUUGCACAUCCAUAUGUCUCUGGUCCUCCCCAGAUCUCUCUCUGCACCCCUCCACCUUCACUUCCUUCCCGGACCCACACACUGACGUCUUCUUUCAGAUAUCCCAGGGCUAACGUGGAAUUUAAACAUAUGCUUCUUAUUAUUUGUAUUUAUUUAAUAAAUUUUAUGAGGCUUGUUAUA